AUGGUAAUUGAGCGCGUAAAUUUCAAUGACGAUAAAUCUACUUCGUCAUAUAACAAUGACAAAAAAAUCGUUAUUUUCAAGUCUGUUAAAGUGUUUACUUCUGAAGGCUACCUAACUAAUUUACAAAAUUUAGGAUAUUGUCAUAAGGAUUUUCAUAGUGGAAAUAUAUUGGAAGAUGAACAAGUUUCUUAUGUUUCAGAUUUUGGAUUAACAGGACCGGCAGAUAAGCAAAAUUCGAAUGACCAAAUAUAUGGAGUAUUACCAUAUAUCGCUCCAGAAGUUUUGAAUGGAGAAUUAUAUACCUUAGCUUUUGACAUCUACAGUUUUGGUGUAAUUAUGGCUGAAUUAUCAACUGGAAACCCUCCCUUUUAUGAUAGAAAACAUGAUGUGUCUUUAGCCUUAGAUAUUUGUAACGGGCUUCGUCCUGAAUUUGGAAAAGGAACUCCUGUAAUUUAUAAGAAAUUAGCUUAUAGGUGUUUGAAUGCAAAUCCAAAUCAACGACCAACAGCCGAUGAAUUAGAAAAAAUAUUGCGUUUUUGGUAUUAUUCUAUUGAAUGUCGCUAG